AUGAAUUCUUCAAGCAAUAUCAGUUUGAUGACUUUGGAAUUGGAAAAUUGCACAGAAAAGCAUCUUAUAAAUUCAAGCUUAUAUGAUCUAACAACGAUUGAUGAAAGAUACGGUACCGAAUAUAACCAAAAGCUGUUUCCUAUAGGCUAUUAUUUCUCUGUUUAUCUAAUCCCUAUCUGGCUAGUUAUCGGUUUGAUUGGUAACUUUUUGGCCUUCUUCAUAUGGAUUUCACCCAGACAACGUAAAAAAUAUAGCUCAGCAAUUUAUUUGGCUGCGCUUGCUCUCAGUGACCUAAUAUUUAUAUGCCUUCACUUUGACUACUACUUCACUUUCUAUCAUGCAUACUCAUCUGUUGUACAACAUAUUGCUACCUGCAAGCUAUACCAUUUUCUCAACACAUUUGUUCAAUUUUACUCUAUUCUACUUGUUUUCGGCUUUACGCUUGAGCGUUGGAUCGCCAUCUGGUUUCCCUUUGAAAGGCAUCGUCUCUGCACAAGCCGUCGAGCACUUAUGGCCGUCACGGUACUUGGAGGGUUUGCAACUGUUCCAGCCAUCGCUCAGGCAGUAUUUUUUAACAUAUUUGAGGGCCAAUGUCAACCUCACGCUGAAAUGAAACACUUUCGAUCCUGGUUCAUUCCAGCCCAAGAGGCAAUCUUUAGCCUUAUUGUGCCUUUGGCUGCGAUGGUUUUCAACAUAAUGGUGCUGAAAGAGAUGAAGCGACUAAACACAGGUUCUAAGACAACGGGGUUGCAUAGUCAGAACGGCCCACAUGGAAACGGAGAAGGGAUUGAUCGAGUAAAAGAAUCAUCCAGCUUUCUUGCUGCCACCCUAAUGGUCGUAAUUCUUUCAUUCUACCUUAUUCUCUGCGCUCUGCCACCUGGUGUUGCAUACAUGUUGCAAUUGAGUGCUCCAUUUACUGAAGAUUGCCUAACUGAGGAGGCCGUCGAAGAGAACGCAGAUUGGCAGAUUGUCAAACGACUGGUAAACAGCAAAAUGAUCAUCGAUACGCUUUGCAUGUCACAUUACGCAUGCAACUUUUUUAUUUAUUUCUCCACGAGCAAAUCUUUUAGAGAACAGACCAUGCAGAUGCUUAUUUGUUCUAGAAGUAGAGAUACCAAAACUGUUACAAAUCCUAGCAGUAGGAGAGCAUCCUGCUCCUACGGUAAGCCUUUUGGCGAGUCCCAGGGAAUGCAAUCAGGAAAGCAAACAAUUUCUGUAUUUACUGAGAACACAACAGCAUCAAUAGGAAAAAUUUCAGCAAGAGACAGGUUUAUUCGUCUUUUUACCAGUCGUAAGGCUGCUACAACAAUUACAAAUGGGAAAGAAUUUCCCUUGCCCAGAGAAAGGCGAAAAAAAGAGCUGCUUUUUACGACAAAAGUAAAAGAUUAUAGUAAAGUGGCAGCAAAGACUCAAAAUCGAAGAGUAUGUAAUACUGAAAAGCUUUUUCAGAACAGAGCAAUUGAUUCUGCGGAUAUGAGCUUAAUGUUCUGUUCUGAAAAAACAUAA